AGAUAAAGUUCCGUCCACAAUAUUACGAAGAUGGGCUGCAUGUGGAAUGGCCAUUUAAUAUCACAAAAAACUACGCCGAAUCGGAUCUGUUUGAAUGGAGCGAACCUACAAAUUUCCGAACUCCAAAUCCUCACGGCAUCGGUGAAAAUGGAACUGGUUACGUACCUGACGACAAUAUGAAAUCAUUAAUGGAACAACUUCUGAAAGAGAACCAGUUCAACCUCCUGGCAUCGGACAUGAUGUCACUGCAUCGAUCACUGCCCGAUACAAGAUUUGAAGAGUGCAAGAGACUGUCCUAUCCGGAAAAGUUACCGACAACAAGCGUAAUUGUUAUUUUUCACAACGAAGCGUGGACAACGUUACUGCGUACUGUUUGGAGUGUAAUUGAUCGAUCGCCAAUCGAACUAAUUAAAGAAAUUGUUCUUGUUGAUGAUCUAAGCACAUGGCCGUUCUUGAAACGACCACUGGAUGAUUACAUAGAAUUGCUACCGGUUCGCAUUAAAUUGAUAAGGAAUGCAAAAAGAGAGGGCUUAAUUCGAGCCCGUAUUAUUGGAGCCCAACAUGCAACGGUUAGUUUACUGAAUCUAUAACUUCAGCUAUUUAUUUUAGGAAGACAAGGGAAGAUUUUCAUCUUUUCGGAAUAACGAGUUUCGCGUUAGCUUGGUUCCGUUUGGUUUCUUUUGUCUCGUAAGACCCUAAGAGUUUAUUUCUUUUUGGAUAACAGGGUCAAGUUUUAACUUUUCUGGAUGCUCACAGUGAAUGUUGCGAUGGUUGGCUGCAGCCGUUAUUAGCACGCAUAGCAAGUGAUCGGUCUGUUAUUGCAGUACCAACAAUCGACACUAUUGAUUUCAGUGAUAUGAGAUAUUCAUGGAAUCAAGCCUUCACACCGAUUCAUGGAUUCAGAUGGUCGUUGCUAUUUACUUGGAUUCAAAUUCCAGAAAUUGAACUGAUUCGAAGGCAUUAUGACAUAACAGCCCCAGUCCGAACCCCAACGAUGGUUGGCUCUGCCUUGUCAAUAGACAAAGAAUUUUUCUUCGAAAUCGGUGCAUAUGACGAAGGGAUGAAUGUGUGGGGAAGUGAAAAUAUGGAAAUGUCACUCAGAGUAUGGCAAUGCGGUGGUUCCAUGGAAAUCAUUCCUUGCUCGCACGUAGGACAUUUAUUUCGAUCUUCGACGUACUCAUUUGAAGGGAAUUCAGUUGAAAUUAUAACAAGGAAUAGUAUUCGAUUAGUGGAAGUUUGGAUGCCGGAGUUCAGGGGAAUUUUGAACGCAGUCAAUCCGAUAGCCAAAGGUCUGUCCGGAGGUGACAUAAGUGAGCGCUUAGCGCUGAAGCAACGAUUGAAAUGUAAAACGUUUCACUGGUACUUGGAGAACGUUUAUCCGUAUAGCAGUUUCAAUACCAAAUAUUCACACUUCGGUGAGAUAGCUUCAUUCUCAAAUAUCAGUCAAUGCUUAGAUGUUGGUCGUUCUUUUUCCGGCGAUCCACUCAUUACUUUCCAUUGCCAUAAACAAGGCGGAAAUCAAAUUUUCGGUCUGUCUUCUGGCCAAAAGAUUGUUACAGCACAAGAACAGUGUCUUGGUGUUGCUAAAAAAUAUGUAGUUUCGAUAGCAUGCGAAUAUUCGCCACGAUGGAAAUAUAAUCUUGAGAAAAAAUGGUUGGUACACAUCGACAGUGAACUUUGCAUACAAGCUAAAGAGUCUGAAGUCAUAUUGGGGAAGUGUGAUCCAGCUGAUGAUACAUUGAAGUGGAAUUUUGACUCACUGAACGCUGGCGACGAAGAUUUAACAGAUGACAAUGCUGAAGACGAGGAAGAUGUUCUAAGCACUACAGAAGAUGCUGAUGGAAUCGACGAAUUAUAA